ACGUCAUUAGAAGAUAAGAGGAUUGUUAUCGAGGGGAGCGAGAGCACGCGAGAUGACGAUUCCCUACAAUACUUCGGGCUCGUUACUAGCGACUGUCUGGUCGCGACGCAUGCAUCGGCGCGCCGAACUCACCGUGAUAAAUACCACGUUACAGCCAGUGCCCGGACACAUGUUCAAAGCCGGUCAGUGGAUUAGUCUGUCAUUCGCCUAAAUCGAUCAGCGGUUGCAUCAUAAUCCUCGGCGUAGGAAGUUUCCUUCGGGAGGUGCCCGGGAACCGUGCGGAGCGGGGCUUGUGAAAUUUACGAUCUUCCCGAGAGAAGUUUCUCUACCGAUCGAUUAAACCAAGAAGUUCUGCCCUGCAGAAGAUCGGGCCGAACGAAGGAAGUCCGAUCGAGGUUUCGCCGAACAACCGGCGUGUGCGCGGUGUUCGCGGAAAGAUCGAAGAUUAUCACCGGCGCGGUUCGUCCGAGCGUGUCGGCGGUGUACACCUGUAUCUACCUCGAGGACUCGGAUAGUAGCGGUGGUCAAUCAGUGUCAACGUUUUCGAUAUUCGUUGCCGUAUUGCGCGCGGCUUGUUUUCGUUAUCGAUCGCAGUCCGAGUUCGCUGUCCACGGCGGCGUUGCUCCCGCCGAUAGAUAAAUCGAAGCAUGAAGUCCCAGGAGGCUCGCGAGCAGAGUAUCGAUUUUAUCGAGAACGAUCUGAUCCCGGAGAUGGUGCACGACCGCCGUUUCUGCGAGCCGGGAUCACGGGAGUUCGUCGAAUUCGAGUCCGCGACCGUUCGUCUGGUCGAGCUGAGUCGGAGCAGCGAGAUUUAUCGCGUGGACGCUCUGAUCCGGUUCUCAGGCGAGCCGGUCAAUUUCCCUUUGCUGGUGAAACUGUUUCCAGAGGACGAAGAACGCUCGCACGCGGCCAGCUUCGAUGCUUACCAGAACGAGGAGAUGUUUUAUUCGAAGAUGACGGCCAAGUACGGCGCCGAUUUCGUCCCCAGGUGCUACCUCGCCGAUCUAAGCCGCUACGGCAGACCGGUUUUCGUCUUAGAGGACUUGGAGGCGGUCGGCUACUCCCAGGCGGACGGGGAAUUGGACGUGGAUCACUUGGUAUUGUGCGUGCAGUUGCUGGGAAAGUUUCACGGCAGGGGACUCAGGCUGAAGGCUACCCAGCCGGAUAUCUUCAGGACAUUCGAGGCGAAGCUGCUCGAGGUCACCCUCACCGAGGAGUCGAUGAGCCAUUACGAGAAGAGAUCUUCCAGGUUAAUUGACAUCGUGGAAGGAAUGCCAGACCCGACGUUGGCCGGGAAGGUAAAGUCGAAGUUGAUUAAGAGCCCGAUGGAGACGGUGAAGAGCAUCGCGUCGGAGGUGAACGAGCUUGCCACGAUAUGCCACGGUCAUUUUUCACACGAUAACCUUCUGUUCAAAUACCAGAACGGGAAACCGAUCGACGUGAAGGUAAUCGACUGGCAAACAAUGCGGUACUGUUCACCGGCCGUCGAUCUUGGACCCAUUCUACUGUAUAAUAUGAAGUACGAGAACGGACCGUCCGAACUUCAGGAGAUGUUGACGGUUUACGUGGACGCAGUGAAGUCCGAGUAUCCGGAGAUAGCCGGUGAAGGAUUGAGGGAGGAUAUCGUCGACAAGCUUCUGUUUGCCUGUCUCAUCUUAUCCUUCCAGGAACACAUCAGCGACGACGAACUCGCGCGGAUCAUUCAAGAAGCGGAACGAUUGAACAUCUUCGACUGAACGAGUCAGCAUCUUCGGUUUGAACGAUCAAAACGUCUUCGAUCGAUCCUUUAACGCUUCGACUGCCACGCCACAGCCUCGACAAUUUCAUAAUUUUGUUUAUUCAAAUCGAAAUUGCUUAAUUCAGAUUGAAAACGUUUUGCGGAUCUCCUAAUCGAAUUGGGAGAAUGUAAUAGAUUAGCAUAAAAAGUUAUUUACAAAUCUCGGCAAAUAAU